UUCCUCAACUUCUCUCUCUUGUUGCAGACUUGAGCAUUUCUCUCUCUACUUCUUUCUCUUCAUCAAUUUUGCUAUAAUUGCAAGUUUAGCUUCACAUUCCAUCUUUCUUCUUUAGAUUCAUCAAUACCAUUCUUUCAUUACCUUCCCAAUUCUUAAAUUCAUAACAAGUCACCAUCUUUCUACCAUAAUUCUGAUAAAACCCACUGAAUUCUCUUACUAAUUGAUAAUGUCUGAACAGGGCAACAUGCCAAACACUUGGAAUUCAGCAAAUUAUGGGUUUGAAAUCAAAUCCAAUGAGCUUAAUUGUAGCUCACCACAAAUACCCAGUUAUUUUUUCAACCCUACUUGGGAUAAUUCAAUGGAUCACAACGAUCCUUUUGAAUCUGCUCUCAGUUCGAUGGUUUCUUCUCCGACCAUCGGAAUACCCACCUGUGGAAACGUCGACGGCGACGGAAAGACUAUUGUUUUGAGUGAACUGAUCGGUAAAUUGGGUGGUAUUAGUAACAACAUUGGUGAUAUUUCUUCUCAUUCUUCUUGUUACAGUACUCCGUUGAAUUCACCUCCGAAGCUCGGUAGUUUGUCAAUGGUGGAUAAUCAGAUCAGAGGGAAUUUCCCAAUUCCUAGCAGCCAUCAAAUUUCUGUUCCAUUUUCUCCUGACCUAGGUUUUGCAGAGAGAGCUGCUAGGUUUUCAAGCUUCGGCAGCAAUUUUAAUGGGAAUCGGCCAUUUGGGUUGACACCGAAAUUGGAACCCAUUAGUCAAUCUGGCAAGAUUGGUGGAUCUCAAUUUGGAGGAAAAGAGAGAUCAUCAUCUCAGGAUAAGAAAUCAGUUCCAGAAAUUGCAGAAUUUGUUGAUUCCAGGGAAGGAUCUUCUGUUUCUUAUCAGAUCUCUGGUGGUGAAAGUGCCAAUGCCAGAAAAAGGAAAUCAGCUCCCAAAGGAAAAUCAAAGGAUAACAACCAUAACCCAUCACCAUCAUCUGCUCCUUCAAAAGAUGCCAAGGUAUAAAUUCUUGUAAUUUUG